AUGACCAUGUCGAAAGAAAUCUUAGCCAAGUUGCAAGCAUCUUUACCUGGCGAAUCGCAAGCGGAGAUCGAUAGAUGGGUGGCGGCACGGAAACAGAACUGGCCGUCUCGCGCAAACGUAGCCCGGAAGCUAGCGGAAAAGAAGAAACGCGAGCAAGGCGGGGCACAGAUGAGGGGAGAGGCGAAGAGAAGAGCUAGGGUUGCUGAUAACUCGUUGACUAUGCUCGCGGCAGAGUAUGGUAGUAGUGACGGGGAGAUUGAUGAGACGGAUAAGAAAACGCAGUCUAUUAAGGCUCAGCCAGUGGGGAAGAAGGACACUAAGAGUGUUGCAUCACGUCAAAGAGAGCGUGGAGUCGCAAAAAAGAGGCAGAGAGGAAGGAGAAAUGGGAAAAAGUCGAAUAGGAAUGUGUCUACCACGCCGAGACGGCCGAGUCUAUUGAAGAUGCUUCUUCAGAAAGAGAUUCACGAAGAGCGAAAUGUGCUUUUGCAGGCGUUCCGAUACAUCAUCAAUCAGAAAAGGAACGUAGUGUAGUGCAACACUUGCACGAGUGUAUGUGGGACAGCCUGAGCUAGUGAGUUCUUGUAAACUGACAUCUCCAUGCUAGCUUGCCAACUGUGUUCAUAUAUCUUGAGUUCAACUCUAGUUGGCUUCAUAUUUAGGCUGCGGGUCUGCCUGGUUUUGCAGAUCUAAAAUCGUGACUUUGUU